CCCAUCAUCGCCUUCGCCCAUCGCCCGACUCUUCCCCGUCCCCUUGCUCCUCUUCGCCGCAACCUCGGCCUCCGAGACGACUGUGACAAAAUCACCUGGCCAUUUGGCAACCGCCGUGACGCCCGGUUCGCAUCUCGGAGCACCCGACGCGGUGGCCCCCGAAGCAGCGUGCUGUGGCUGCGGCGCUUGCCCGACCCCACGAGCGACUUCCUGUAGAAAGCAGCCGUCCUCUCAAAACAACCCUGCAUGGUGUUAACCUGAGCUUUACGAGGCGCUACAAGGUGGUCCUGGGAUAUUGAGGUUGGUUCUAGACGUGGUGGAGGCUGCCCGGGCCUGGAAAGGCACUGUGGAAUAAACCUGAACCGCUUCUAAACAAUCUGCCUGCCUAUUGUUCAUUGUCUCGCUUCGCACCUGUCGCGGCGACCUGCAAAGCGGCCGGUAUACUGAAACCUGGCUCUGUCGAGCACGCCUCUUUUUGUCACUCGUGCGGCCCUCGGCAAUCGCACUGUCUGCUCUUCUAAACUCGGAGUCCCAAUCCACUUUGACCAUGUCGUCCGACGCGGAGGAAGUGGCGGAGGAUUACCGCCACGCUUUGGAGGACCUCUCGUCGAACAUGCGGUUCGAAAUCAGCAAUUUGACUGUGAUUGCUCGCGAGAACACGGAACAUGCCCUGGCCAUCGCCGAAGUGCUCCAGCAGCACAUUCUCAAGGCUGCUCCGAACAAGAAGCUCCCCGCCCUAUACGUUCUGGACUCGAUCGUCAAGAACGUUGGCACGCCGUACACUCUGUACUUUGGCCGCAACCUCUUCAAGACAUUCAUGGAGUCGUACGCCGUCGUCGAUCAUAAUAUACGCCGCAAGAUGGAAGAGAUGCUCAAGACGUGGAAGGACCCGGUUCCUGGAUCCAUGGACACCCGCCCCGUCUUCUCUCAUGAGCUGGUGCGCCCCAUCGAGAACGCCCUGAUGAAGGCGAGGGCGGCGAGCAUGCCUCCGCAAGGCCCAAUUCCCGGCAGACCGCGGUCUGCCAUGCUCCCGAAUCGAAACACGCCGACUCCGCCGGCCAUGCGUGGACAAGGACAACCUCCACCAGCGGGGCCGUACCCUCCUCACAUUCUUCAACAGUCGGUUAAUGGCGGUCGUCCUGGGGAGACAGCACCCGCUGCCUUUGGUUUCCCCGUACAGCAACAGCAGCAACAGCAGUAUCCACCACACUUGACGCCUCAGCCCGGCAUACCCGCUCAGGCCCUCUAUCAGCCUCCGUAUACCGGCUCGUACGGACAGGGGCUUCCGGCUCCGGUCGGGAUAAGCGUAGACACAUUGAGCAAUGACAUUCAAAACCUGAUUGUCGCGAUGAAGGCCGAGUUCACGCAGAAGCCGCAUGACGCCGGGGUUCAGAACAGAUUAAAAGCGCUGCUGGACCUGCAGGGGGUGAUGCAGCGGACGAGUCUUCCCCGGGAUCAGCUUGAGCUCAUUAAGAACAAAGUAACUGAACUUGCUGCCGUAACAUUGAGGCCUGCGUCGGCCCCGGGCUCUACUCAAGGCUCGACACUCGUACCGCCGAUGGCACAUGUUGCAGCGCCGCACUCUGCUUCUGUAACCCCAGCGCCGGCUGGCAACGCGCCGGUGACGUUGGACGGCCUUCUUGGUCACGGUGCUCUGGCAGCUCUCCUGUCGCGGCAGUCGGCCACGCCUCAGAACACGACGCCUAAUCCUCCAUACUCCAGCCAGGCAAUACGCUCGCCGCCGCCGCCGCCGGUUCAGGCCGAGCAGACAAAGCCGCCGGCUCCGACACAGGCACCGAGCGCAUUGUCUCUGCUCGAUCAGCUUCGCCAAGCGGGCGUGCUUCCCAAUGCGACUCCGCCAAACGCAGCCCCGGCUGUGGCACCGCCCCCCCCUGCGCAGGCCUCGAUACUGCCACCAAAUAUUGCCAGUCUGCUCUCCUCGGCAAAGGCCCAGGGGUUGACCGGCCUGGCUCCGCCUGUUGAUCCCGGGCUCAGCCCGGCCGCGUUGAAGUCUCAAUUCCGACCCGACGCAGUUGCCGCUCUCUACGAUAAGUUGGGGCCACCUUGCACCCAAUGCGGUCGAAGGUUCCGGACCGACGAAGAGGGCAGGAAGAGGAAAAUGGCACAUAUGGACUGGCAUUUCCGAGUCCACCAGCGCAGCACCGAGGCCGAGAAGAGGGGCACGCACCGGAGCUGGUACGUGGACAGCCAGGAUUGGUUAAAGUCUCGUGAGGUCAUCGACUCGGACCAUGUAGGCACCUCGGACAACUCGGCGUCUCAAAACGUCGAGGUCGACAAAGGACCAAAGUACAUUCCCGUCCCAGACCCCAGCAGCGGCAUCAACACGGUGUGCCCCAUUUGCCAGGAGCGGUUCGAGAACAAGUGGCUGGACACGGCUCAGGAGUGGGUAUGGCUCGACGCCGUGCUCGUGGGCAACCGGGCCUAUCAUGCCUCGUGCCACGCCGAGGCGACUAGAGAUCGCGAGGGCACGCCGGGCACAUCGCGACGGACGCCCGAGCCCGUGCUGGGCAAGCGCAAGGCGGAGACGAACAUUUCGUCGCCAAAGAUCCGGACCAUGAAGACGUCUGUUUAGGGAUACAGACUGUGGUGGACAUGAGAUUAGAGGAGGGGCUGGACACGGAUUGAUACCAGGAAUGGAGGGGCUUCACGGCAGGACUCAGGAGCGUUCAAGCUGGCGGAGGGGGUAGCGGCAUUGGAGCGGCAGCAUUGAUGAGUAGCAUGAACGGCGUUUUGGGGGCAUUGCUGAGGAGGCGGAGCAAUGGCUGGCAGGUGGGAGGAUGUGGUGGCGCACCGCGAGAGGUGCUUUCAAAGGUGUAAAUACCACGGACUUGCAACUUGGUCCCUAUCGCGAUGCUUGGGAGUGUUGGCGGUCCUGUUGCGAUGGAGAGUGGCAUAACGGGUGCAUACAAGAGCGUGCGUGACUGCUUCCCCUGUAGUCUCUUCACCGCUCUCCACAUACAAAUCAGAGGAAUCAGAUCAAUUGACGCA